AUGCCACCACCACCAGAUCCUCACUUGAUCCCUUCAUUUCCAUCGGAAGCAGCUCAGAAGAGCGCGAAGACAUUCGCUGGUGCAACGCUAGCUCUUCAUGGCAUCGCUCUCAUGGUCUUUGGCGCACGUAUGUGGUCGCGAUGGAGGCCUGUAUAUCGAAUGCAGUUGGACGAUUACGCCUGCGCAUUAGCAUACGUGUUGAUAGCGAUCAAUACAAGUCUCCUGCUCGCGGCCAUACCGUAUGCCUUCACCCACCAACCAGACGCCUUUUUCCUUUCAGACUCGCAGGAGGCGUUCCACCUUGCGGCCAUCGCACAACCACUCUGGGCGUGGUCUAUGGUCUUCGUCAAAGUGUCUUUCGCCCUGAUGCUUCUUCGCAUCUCUCCUUCGAAAUCCCUUCGCUGCUUCCUCUGGGGCAUGAUCAUCCUGCAAAUCAUACUCGGAGUGUACAAUACACUAGCAACACUGCUUCAGUGCGUACCAGUUCACAAGGCAUGGGACUUGCUCGGCACAGUACCAGGACGCUGCUGGAGUAAGAAGGCAGUCAGAAUAAGCUCGAUAACCAACUCCGUCAUACACAUCCUGACCGACUUCAUGCUCGCCCUCCUCCCCAUAUCCUUCCUCCGCCAUAUCCAGCGUCCCAUGCGUGAACGCAUAAUCGUAGGCGCGUUAAUGGGUCUCGGUUUCUUCGCAGGCGUUGCAUCAAUCCUGAAGAUCGUCGCUGCUAUGGGAUUUGGCAAGACGGAAGACCAGAUGAAUGAAAGCAUCACCAUCGGAAUGUGGUCUGUCAUUGAAGAGCUCGUAGGCUUCAUCGUAAUCUGCAUACCUUGUCUGCGCUCGCCGUUCCAACGCGUGCUUCAAUACUGCGGUAUGGUCAGUGUACGCAUCAGGCAGCACACGCUUACCCGCGGCUACGGGCGUACAUACGAAUCUGACGGCGACAAGAUACAUGCUAGAAGUCAGAGUCAGAGUCGCCUUGCUACUAUCGAGGGGGACGCGGAGUCGAGCUUUAAGAUGAAGGAUUUACGCACUGAGGCUUCGGAGGACGAGAUACCGUGGCGCGCCAGUACGCAGGAGACUAGUUCUGGUAGGGGUGAGAUUUGGUGCACAAAGGAGGUUGUCGUGCAACAUGACCCUAUUAGUCGAGUGCCGUCGCAUGAACGCAUUCACGGUGGUGUCGAGGCGGCGUGGAAAGGCGAACCGUUUGAGUUUGACUUAGGUCUUGCGGGGAAGAGCUGA